AUGGCCCCUUCACCAGUUAAGGAGGCCACGUUCCAAGCCGUUCUGCUGAGCGGUGUGGCCAACAUAUUGGCACAAUACAUAGAGUCAUACAAGAAUGAGGUUGAGUUCAAGAUAGACUGGAUACCCUUCUUCCAGUUCAUCUUAUUUGCCCUUCUCAGCACGCCUCCAAAUUUCUAUUGGCAAUCAUUUCUUGAGUCUACAUUUCCAGCUCACCCACCUGCGCCUCAUCCUAAGAAGUCGGAUGAGCCUGCUCCUCCGCCCAAGCUAUCAAUUCGCAAUACUAUGAUCAAGCUGGCUUUGGACCAGUCUCUGGGUUCCGUUGUCAACAACAUGUUGUUUGCCCUGUAUAGCCGAGCAAUUCGCGACGCAAUGCCAGGAGCCCCUCCCAUUUACAGCGUGUUCAAGGCGAUUGACUACUGGACGACCCGAGGCACUGUGGACUUCUCCAAGGUAGAUUUCAAGGACGUGUGGGACGGUGCAGUUGGUGAGCUCUGGCCCAUUAUGCUGGCGUCGUGGAAACUCUGGCCGUUUGUUUCGGUGAUCAACUUCACCCUCAUUAAGACCGUGCAAGGAAGGAACCUGGUUGGUGGAAUUGCUGGGAUUGCAUGGGGCACCUACAUGAGCCUGGCCGUCUCGAGUUGA